AUGUGCCGGUUCCUGGUAUACUGCGGCUCCUCACCCAUCAUCCUCUCCAAGUUGGUCAUCGAGCCCUCACACUCCAUCCUAACACAAUCCUACGACUCCAGACUACGACUCGACUCCCGCCGUCCAGUCAAUGGAGAUGGCUUCGGCAUCGGCUGGUACACAGAUCCAUCACUUGGCCCCGACCCAUGCAUAUUCACUUCAGCCAUCCCCGCGUGGAACUGCACCAAUCUAGAACGACUGGCUCCCAAAACAUCCUCAAAGCUCUUCUUUGCCCACGUCCGAGCUACUACAGAAGGAUCGUUAGCAGAUGACAACUGUCACCCCUUCCAGCAUGAGACUCUCAUGUGGAUGCACAACGGCAAUAUCGGCGCUUGGAAGGCCGUGAAGCGACCCCUAGCAACCUCGAUCAGAAAUCGAUGGUUCCUCAGCGUAAAGGGCGGCACUGAUUCAGAAUGGGCAUUCGCCUUAUUUCUCGACACACUCGAAUCACUAGGCGUCGACCCCUCCUCCCACCCAGAAGGCGGCUUUCCACCCCAACUCCUCCGCAAAGCCAUGAAGGAGACCAUCGCCAAGAUCAACGCUUUUGUGAAGACCGCAACCGACGAGCUGGACCAGAUCAAGCCCCCAAACGGCCUCAAACCUCCCCCUGCGCCGUCCGACCUGGAGACCCGCUCCCUCCUAAACUUCGCCCUCACAGACGGCCACUCCGUCAUCGUCACCCGCUACGUAUCCUCCCCAACCGACGCCGCCGCCUCGCUCUACUACUCCUCCGGCACCGCGUGGGUCCAGGGCCCGCAACCAGGCCAGUUUCGCAUGGAGCGACGCGAUAAAGCCUCCGAUGUUGUGCUCAUUGCCUCCGAGCCACUGACUUUCGAGCGGCAUAAUUGGUUGAGUGUGCCCACCAACACGAUUGUGACGGUGAGUAACCAGACGGUGGACGUAAGGCCUGUGCGAGAUGAGAAUUGGGUUGAUGGCGUGGAGGGGGAGGCGCCUGGCGGAGGGACGGAGACGCCCAUGGUGGGGCCGGGCACACCCAAACCUUUGGUGGAGGAGAGCACGGGCCUGAGUGUGCGGACGAAGGGUGGCAGCGCUGCGGAGGCGGCCGAGGUCUCCGACGGCGAUGACGACGAUGACGACGGGCCCAUGAAUACGCACAAGCGUGGAACAAAUGGAAGUCGCGGCGAAAUGGACUUCUUCAACAUGAGGGCCAGAGAAGUGUCCGAUCACAACGGUGGUGGUGGCGGUAGAGAGAACAUCUGGGCAACGUGA